GCUCUCACAACACAGCACGAGCAGCAGCUAGCUCAAGCGCUCCUCGCAAGUCACAAACCGUGUGGUGUGUAGUAGUGCGUGCUAGCUGCCAGCAGCCAGACCGCAGAGAUGUCGCAGAGGCCAGGCAGGCACCAGAGGCGGGCGUCGCAGAGCGUGUUCGUGCUGCCGGAGAACUUCGCGCUGGAGGACGUGCCGGCGGCCGUGGCCGAGGGCGGCGGCGUCGAGCAGCGGAAGCCCGCGGCCGCAGACGCCCCCGAGCUGCAGGCGGCGAGGCAGGCGGGGCGCCACCGCCGGGCCAUGUCCAUGGCCGUCGCCUCCCGGGACCUGGAGAUGAUCUCGGAGGACAUUGGGAUUGGGGCCUACAAGUACGGUGCGUAGAGGUCGUGUGUGCUUCGCCAGCUUGUUGGCUGCUACAUGCUGCUCCCGUCCUCUGGACCGGCGGUGCUUCUCGGGCCGUUUAGCUAGGAGCGGAAGCGAGUGGCUGGCUGUACUCCGAUCGGGUCCUCUCUUGUGUUGUGCUGUCGUUGUUUUCGUCAUGUAUCCAUGCUGCUGCUGCUUCUGUCGAUGCUUAUUCGCCUUCUUGUUCUUGAUCUAGAAGUAAAUAAAAACAACAUAAACAUCAUGUUUAGA